AUGUCACCAAGAGAGGGAAAGAGUGAAGAGAAGGGAGGGGAAGAGAAGGGAGGGAAAGAGGAGGAAGGAGCGCGGUAUCGAGGUGUUAGGAGACGUCCGUGGGGGAAAUAUGCGGCCGAGAUUCGAGAUUCGACGAGGCAAGGGGCGAGGGUGUGGCUCGGGACUUUCUACACUGCUGAAGAGGCUGCCCGAGCAUACGAUCGUGCAGCCUACGCUAUGAGGGGUUCUCUGGCGAUUCUCAACUUCCCACAUGAGAUUCCAGGUCGCUAUGUUCGCUCUUCUUCUCUGUCAUCGUCGUCUUCAUGUUCGCCUCGUAUUGGAGGUGGGGUAGACAGAGAAAGAGGUAACAAAAGAGGGGAGAGCAAUUGUGAAAAAGAGGGUGCUGCAAAGGAACUUGUUGAAAGCUUUGGCAAGGCCAUUGGCUCAAGGGUGGUACAUAGUCGAGUACUGUUAUUCGAAAUCAAGCUGAUUAGUCAGGCUGCAGAUUCCGACAUGAACAUCUUCGAGCACCUGGUCGGCCUCUCUCCAAUCAAUGCAUCUGAGGAGGACUUCAUCGAAGGAGCACCUGAAUAUGACAUCGUCUUUGAGAAACACAUACUUGGUGGACAUCUUUCGUAUGUUGCGUUGGAAACGGUAAUUGUGGAGAUAGUUAUGCUUGAGUAA